GUUCCGGAUCCCUGGGGGCGGGGAAACAGGGGAGGGUGUAGAGAGGUGCCAGAGUGGGCGACCAGAAAUCGCCAGCUCGGACAAGAGAGCCUCCUCCUUUUCUGCCCCUCGAGGCUAGGCCUUCAUGGAGCGGUUCCUGGCCCAGCUGUGUGGCACCAACGCGGCGCGGCCGCUCCCGGUUUGGGAGAGGGACACGACGGGCCACUGCUUCACCCAGCUGGUGCUCAGCGCCCUGCCCCACGCGCUCCUCGCAGUGCUCAGUGCCUGCUACCUAGGCACCCCGAGGAACCCAGAUUAUAUCCUACCAUGCAGCCCUGGCUGGCGCCUCCGACUCGUAGCCUCCUUCCUGCUGUCCAUCUUCCCACUGCUAGACCUCAUUCCAGUUGCGCUGCCAUCAGGAGCAGGCCCAGGGCCUGCAGGGCUAGAGGUGCUGGCAGGGGGCAUGGCAGCUGUGGCCUGGAUCAGCCACAGCUUGGCCCUGUGGGCCUUGGCCCAUUCCCUUCACAGUCACUCCCGGGGGCCCUUGGCUUUGGCUCUGGCUGCCUUCCUGCCAGCCCCAGCCCUGGUGCUGACCCUGCUAUGGCAUUGCCAGCGAGGCACUCUUCUGUCUCCGUUUCUCCCAGGGCCUCUCGUUCGCCUGUGCCUUCUCAUCCUGCAGCUGGCUGCACUUUUGGCUUAUGGACUGGGCUGGGCAGCCCCUGGGGGAUCACGGGAACACUGGGCCCAGGAGCACCUCUUGUCUGAGAGGCAGGAACCUGAGGUAGCUGAAGAUGGGGAGAGUUGGCUAUCACGCUUUUCCUAUGCCUGGCUGGCACCUAUGCUGGCCCGGGGGGCCCAUGGAGAACUCCAGGAGCCCCAGGACACUUGCCACCUCCCCCACAGGCUACACCCUGCUUACCUGGCCCGCAUCUUUCAGGUCCACUGGCAGAAGGGGUCCCGGCUGUGGAGGGCCCUGUUCAGGGCCUUUGGGCGGCUCUACUUGGCACUUGGACUGCUGAAGCUGGUGGGGACCAUGCUGAGCUUCUCAGGGCCCCUGCUCCUAUCCCUACUGGUGGGCUUCUUGGAGAAUGGACAGGAGCCCCUAAGCCAGGGCCUGCUCUAUGCUCUGGGGCUAGCAGGUGGUGCUGUGCUGAGCGCGGUGCUGCAGAAUCAAUAUGGGUAUGAGGUACGGAAGGUGACACUUCGGGCUCGUGGGGCUGUGCUGCACAUCCUGUACCGCAAAGCUUUACAUCUGGGGCCCAGCCGCCCUCCUGUUGGGGAGGCCCUGAACUUACUAGGCACAGACUCUGAACGGUUGCUCAACUUUGCCGGGAGCUUCCAUGAAGCCUGGGGCCUGCCCCUGCAGCUGGCCAUCACCCUCUACCUACUGCACCAACAGGUGGGAGUGGCCUUUGUGGGUGGUCUGGUCCUGGCACUGCUCUUGGUGCCUGUUAACAAGGUGAUUGCCACCCGCAUCAUGGCCAGCAAUCAGGAGAUGCUGCAGUUCAAGGAUGCACGAGUCAAGCUCAUGACAGAGCUGUUGAGUGGCAUUCGGGUCAUCAAGUUCUGCGGGUGGGAGCAGGUGUUGGGGGCCCGAAUAGAAGCCUGCCGGGCUCGAGAGCUGGGGCGACUCCGGGUCAUCAAAUACCUGGAUGCGGCCUGUGUAUACCUGUGGGCUGCCCUGCCAGUUGUCAUCUCCAUCGUCAUCUUCAUCACCUAUGUCCUCAUGGGGCACCAGCUCACUGCAACUAAGGUAUUCACGGCCCUGGCACUGGUGCGCAUGCUCAUUCUUCCCCUCAACAACUUCCCCUGGGUCAUCAAUGGGCUUCUGGAGGCCAGAGUGUCCUUGGAUCGGAUCCAGCAUUUCCUUGAUCUUCCAAACCACAACCCCGAGGUCUACUAUAGCCCAGAUCCCCCCUCAGAGCCAUCUACAGCAUUGGAGCUGCAUGGGGCCCUGUUCUCCUGGGACCCAAUUGGAACCAGUCAGGAGACCUUCAUCAGUCACCUCGAAGUGAAGAAGGGUUUCCUGGUGGGCAUCGUGGGGAAGGUAGGCUGUGGGAAGAGCUCACUGCUGGCUGCCAUUGCUGGGGAGCUCCACAGGUUACGUGGGAGGGUGGCAGUGUGGGGGCUGUCCAAGGGCUUUGGCCUGGCUACCCAGGAACCCUGGAUCCAGUUUGCCACCAUCCGAGACAACAUACUCUUUGGGAAGCCAUUUGAUGCCCAGCUGUACAGGGAAGUGCUGGAGGCCUGCGCCCUCAACGACGACCUCAGCAUCCUGCCUGCUGGGGACCUGACCGAGGUCGGGGAGAAGGGUGUGACCCUCAGUGGAGGGCAGCGAGCCCGGAUUGCCCUUGCUCGUGCUGUCUACCAGGAAAAGGAGCUCUAUCUCCUUGAUGACCCACUGGCUUCUGUGGAUGCAGAUGUGGCCAACCACCUGCUGCACAGGUGCAUCCUGGGAGUCCUGAGCCACGCCACACGGCUGCUCUGCACCCACCGCACCGAGUUCCUGGAGAGGGCUGAUGUGGUGCUGCUGAUGGAGGCCGGACGCCUCGUCCAGGCCGGACCUCCCUCUGAGAUUCUGCCAUUGGUACAAGUUGUCCCUAAAGUCUCGGCUGAGGAUGGAAAGGAGUCUGGCUCAGCCACAGCUCUGUCAGUAUGGAACUCAGAGAAAACAAAAGAAGGGCUGGAGGUGGAGGAGAACCCUUCUGGCCGCCUGCAACAGGAAGAAAGGAAAAAGACAGGCGCCGUGGCCUUCCAUGUGUACCGAGCAUACUGGAGGGCAGUGGGCCGCGGGCUGGCCUUAGCCAUCCUCUUCUCUCUGCUCCUCAUGCAAGCCACCCGGAACGCUGCUGACUGGUGGCUCUCCCACUGGAUCUCUCAGCUGAAGGCAGAAAAGAACAGCUCGGAGGAGGCACCAGCCCCCACCAGCCCGGUCUCCACAGGGCUCUUCUCUCCCCAGCUGCUCCUCUUCUCCCCUGGAAGCCUCUGUGCCUCAGCGUUCCCUUUACUCAAAGCUGCCCCCAACGGCUCCUCAGACAUCCGUUUCUACCUCACCGUAUAUGCCACUAUUGCCGGUGUCAACUCCCUCUGUACCCUUCUCCGGGCAGUGCUCUUUGCGGCUGGCACCCUCCAAGCAGCUGGCACCCUGCAUCGCCGCCUGCUGCAUCGAGUCCUAAUGGCACCAGUGACUUUCUUCGACUCUACGCCCACCGGCCGGGUCCUAAACCGCUUCUCCUCCGACAUGGCCUGUGCAGAUGACAGCCUGCCCUUCCUCCUCAACAUCUUCCUGGCCAAUGCCGCAGGCCUGCUGGGCCUCCUGGCUGUGCUGAGCUCUGGCCUGCCCUGGCUACUGCUGCUGCUGCCGCCUUUGAGCGUCAUCUACUAUCGCAUGCAGCGCCAGUACAGGGCCUCCUCACGGGAACUGCGGCGCCUGGGCAGCCUCACCCUGUCCCCACUCUAUUCCCACCUGGCCGACACCUUGGCUGGCCUCUCCGUGCUCCGGGCUGCUGGGGCCACCCACAGGUUUGAGGAGGAGAACCAUCAUCUCCUAGAGCUAAACCAGAGAUGCCAGUUUGCUGCCAGUGCCACCACGCAGUGGCUGGACAUUCGGCUACAGCUCAUGGGAGCCGCAGUGAUCAGCGCCAUCGCGGGCAUCGCCCUGGUGCAGUACCAGCAGGGCCUCGCUGACCCAGGACUGGUGGGCCUGUCGCUGUCUUAUGCCCUGUCCCUGACCGGCCUGCUCUCGGGCCUGGUGAGCAGCUUCACCCAGACAGAAGCCAUGCUGGUGAGCGUGGAGCGGCUGGAGGAGUACUCCUGUGACCUGCCCCAGGAGCCCCAGGGCCAGGGGCUGCAGCUGGGCACUGGCUGGCUGACCCAGGGGAGCAUAGAGUUCGAGGAUGUGGUGUUGACGUAUCGGCCCGGGCUGCCGAACGCCCUGGACAGGGUGACCUUCCGAGUGCAGCCUGGGGAGAAGUUGGGCAUCGUGGGCCGCACAGGCUCCGGCAAGUCUUCCCUGUUGUUGGUGCUCUUCCGGCUGCUGGAUCCCAGUGCGGGGCGAGUGCUGCUGGAUGGCGUGGACACCAGCCAGCUGGAGCUGGCUGAGCUCAGAUCCCAACUGGCCAUCAUCCCCCAGGAGCCCUUUUUGUUCAGUGGAACUGUCCGAGAAAAUCUAGAUCCCCGGGGCCUGCAUGAGGACGGAGACCUGUGGCAGGCCCUGGAGCAGUGCCACCUCAGCGAGGUGAUUGUAUACAUGGGUGGCCUGGACAGUGAACUGGGCCAGGGUGGCCGGAGCUUGUCCCUGGGGCAGAAGCAGCUGCUGUGUCUGGCCAGAGCUCUCCUCACAGAUGCGAAGAUCCUGUGUAUUGAUGAGGCCACUGCAAGCGUGGACCAGAAGACAGAUCAACUGCUCCAGCAGACCAUCUGUAAACGCUUUGCCAACAAGACAGUGCUGACCAUUGCCCACAGGCUCAAUACGAUCAUGAACUCGGAUCGGGUGCUGGUGCUGCACACAGGGAGGGUGGUGGAGCUGGACUCCCCUGCCGCCCUGUGCAACCAGCCCAACUCGCUGUUCCAGCAACUGCUGCAGAGCAGCCAGCAGGGAGCCCACUCCCCUCCAUGAGGCCUGGAGCCUGGUGUCCCCCACCCCAGCCCCAGGGUUUCCCCAUCACAUCUGUGGUCUGCUCCGGCUGCUGGGCUGGUGUAGAGGUGGUGGCUGCUUUACAUUCUCCUCAGUUGGUUCUACCUCUCCCUCACUUCUUCCAGAGGGGAAAAGAGCACUCUGGUUUCCUCUUUGGGAAUCACUCCUUCUCGGUGGGUGGAGUCCAGAGGCUUCCUCAGAACCAGGCUUCUGCUUUGGCUUUUUUGCACCUGGGACCCCAGGCAGGUUUUUCUGGGAUAGGACCCCAAUUGCAUUUUCAGUUUUAUUUGAUAAAAUUCCCAUCUUACAUUCUGUGUAUUAAAAAAAUAUUAUUUCUGG